GGGCAGAGCAGACAUACACAGAGGAGGGCUGGUGGAGGGAGGAAGGCUGCUUCAUGCCGCCGGGGUUUACCGGGAAUUAAAAACAAAUCUGACGUCCAAACUCUGUCGCUUCUGGAAGGAGGAAUUACAACACAGCAAAAAUGCAUCUUUUUGGGAUUGGGAUGCUGAUGGCGGCUCUGCAGGUUGUUGUUGUUCUGGGUGGAGAGGCUGAGCCUUCGUUGUCAGGCAAGCAGGGGUUGUUGCCAUGCACGAGGGGCUUUACUCAGAAGGAAUACAUCAUCGAAAUGGACCAAGAGUUGGCAAAGGGACAGGCCAUCUUCAACGUGAGCUUCGUGGACUGCAGCGAAGGGAAGGUGUGGCUUGAGGUCGGAGAUUCUUCUGACUUCAGGGUGAGCGAGGAUGGCGUGGUCUACACCCUGCGGCACCUCAGCCUUGCGGCAAAGGAAAAAGCCCUGCUGGUGGUCUAUGCUCGAGACCUGCAGUCCAAACAGGUCUGGAAGACCAGAGUGCACAUCCACGUCCGUCCAAACGGCAACAGCGCACAACCUCAACAGGUAAAGCCCAGUGAUGCAACACUGACUCAGCGGGUACCAGAGAUCUUGUUUCCAUGGCACAGCGUGGUUGUCAGGGGUGAUGGCACUCUGAGGCGGGUGAAGAGGGACUGGGUCAUUCCGCCUAUCAACGUCCCUGAGAACUCACGAGGACAGUUCCCUGAGGACCUAGUCAGAAUCCGCUCAGACCGGGAUAAGAACCGGAUGCUUCGUUACAGUGUGACGGGCCCUGGGGCCGACCAGCCUCCGACCGGCAUCUUCAUAAUCAACCCAAUCUCAGGCCAGCUGUCCGUCACCAAGCCUCUGGACAGAGAGCACAUCUCCAACUUCCAUUUACGAGCCCAUGCUGUGGACCUGAAUGGGAAUCAGGUGGAGAACCCCAUCGACAUCGUCAUCAAUGUCAUCGACCAGAACGACAACAGACCAGAGUUCACGCACACCAUCUUUAACGGCUCUGUGCCGGAGGGAUCCAAGCCUGGAUCCUUUGUGAUGACAGUGACAGCAGUCGACAAGGAUGAUCCAAAAACUGCCAAUGGGAUGCUUCGAUACAAGAUCCUCUCCCAGAAUCCCCAGAGCCCCUCCUCCAACAUGUUCACCAUUAACAACAAGACUGGUGACAUCAUCACCGUGGCAGCAGGCCUCGAUCGGGAGAAAGUCACACAGUACACCUUGAUCAUCCAGGCUACAGACAUGGAGGGAAACCCCACCUACGGCCUGUCCAAUACAGCCACCACUGUCAUCAGGAUCACCGAUGUUAACGACAAUCCCCCUGAAUUCACCACGGACACAUUCUUCGGGGAGGUUCAUGAGAACAGAGUGAAUGUGAUCGUUGCUAACCUGACGGUGACGGACAAAGACCAGCCUCACACUCAAGCCUGGAGUGCUGUGUACCGCAUCAUUGCCGGAGACCCCACCGGACGCUUCUCCAUCCCCACCGACCCCACCACCAACGAGGGCCUGCUCACUGUGGUCAAGCCCAUAGAUUUUGAGCUGACGCGUUCCUUCAUGCUGACGGUGGAGGCAGAGAAUGAGGUAACACUGGCUCGCGGCAUUCACCUGCCCCGUCAGUCCACCGCAACUGUCUCCAUUCGAAUCCUGGACAUCAACGAGAGUCCAGAGUUCAGUCCCAACCCCAAGUCUAUCAAACUGGAGGAGGGUCUGCCCGCUGGGUCUUUACUCACCACCUUCACUGCCCAGGACCCAGACCGCUUCAUGAGACAAACUGUCCGGUACUCCAAGAUGUACGAUCCUGCCAACUGGCUGGAGAUAGACCCGGUUAACGGUCGGAUUUCCACCAUUGCCAUCCUUGACCGGGAGUCUCCCUACGUCAAGAACAACCUCUACAACGUCACCUUCAUGGCUUCUGAUAACGGUAUCCCACCUGCCAGCGGGACAGGCACUCUACAGAUGUACCUGAUGGACAUAAACGACAAUGCACCUCACGUGUUCCCCCCUGAGGUGGAAAUGUGUGAAAAGCCAGAUCCCAAUGCCAUCAACAUCACAGCCAGUGACCCAGACCUGACCCCAAACGCUGGACCCUUCGCCUUCGAGCUGGCCAGUCGUCCAUCAGACGUGCGCCGCAACUGGACACUGAAUCGCGUUAAUGGUGAGUACGCCCAGCUUCGACUACGAAUCUCCUCCCUGGCCAGCGGGAUCUACGAGAUUCCCAUCAUGAUCACAGACUCUGGCAACCUGCCCAUGUCCAACACGUCCUACCUGAGGGUCAAGGUCUGCCAGUGUGAUCACCAUGGAGACUGCGUGGACAUGGAGCGGAUCAUUGCUGCAGGACUGGGCACCGGUGCCAUCAUCGCCAUCCUCAUCUGUAUCAUCAUACUAUUAGUGCUGGUGCUGCUGUUUGUGAUGUGGAUGAAGAGGAGAGAUAAGGAGCGACAGGCCAAGCAGCUCCUCAUUGACCCAGAGGACGACGUCCGAGACAACAUCCUCAAAUAUGACGAGGAGGGAGGUGGAGAGGAGGACCAGGACUACGAUCUGAGUCAGCUACAGCAGCCUGACGCCCUGGAGCCAGAGUGUGUCAAGGUGGGGAUCAGACGACUGGAUGAGAGGCCCCUCCAUCAUGACCACCAGUACCCCCUCCGCUCUGCCGCCCCCCACCCAGGAGACAUAGGAGACUUCAUCCACGAGGGCCUGAAGGCAGCAGACAACGACCCCACCGCCCCCCCUUACGACUCCCUGCUCGUGUUCGACUACGAGGGCAGCGGCUCCACCGCCGGCUCCCUCAGCUCCCUGCACUCCUCCUCGAGCUGUGGAGACCAGGACUACGACUACCUCGGCGACUGGGGGCCGCGCUUCCGCAAGCUGGCCGACCUGUACGGCGGAGGGGACGAUUAGCAUCCCGAGCCCCCACCGACAAGACCCACCCUCCCCACCCUACCCUUGCUCCAAGGCUCAGGUGUUGGGCGGGGGUUGUAAGGAAAGAGGAUGCGGGGUAAACAUGGGGUAUGGAUCGGCACUUCUGUAUUACCAACGGGACAGCUUGUAAAGAGACUCGCUGCCCCUUGACGACGGUUGAUGACACUAGGGACCAUUCUGACUCCUGGCCUAGCAAGGCCUGGCACCGGCUAGCAUUCAGGCUAAUGGACAUUAUCAUCUGAGCGUUAGCCCCUGUGCUAACAAAAUGUGAGCAGCCAGGACAGUGCGCUCAGAGGGGAUGUUGUCUCUUUGAUGGUUAAGAGCUACGACAGCCAUGCUACAGACGCUCAUUUACACUUGAAUCUCACAGUACAGGAGCACUGGGGUCAAAUGUGCCUUUUUGUACAUUCUUUUUGAUUGUGUUAAGUCUCAAUUCUGUACAUUGCUUUAAACCUCCCAGUGUUGUUCAUUGGCAACUGGAGGAGCACUUCGCCAUGAUAAUGAGUGUGUGUGUGUGUGUGUGUGUUUGGGUUAUACGUCAUUACCUUGUAUGUGUGUGUGAGUGUGUGAGUCAUUUCCACAGAGACACACUGGAUGGCAAAGCCUGCUCUGAGACGCUUUGGAGGAUCCUACCAGCAAAAACACGGUUUUACUGUAUAGCUCUGGGUGUUAAAGGUUUUCUCAUCUGAUUCAGUCAGAGAAUGACAACUACAGUCCCGACACAUGACGGUGUGUAGAUCUCAAUCAAUCACAGAGGUUAGCAGAGUCAAAUAUGUAUAUUUCGGUUUACCUACAGUAACCACACGUCCCAGUUUGUCCCAGUUUUAAGCUAAGUGUCCCAAGUCAGUUUUCACCAUAAUUAGUAUAAUAAUAAUAAUGAUCAUAUUAUACUUGUUUUUUUGCACUUGCAUAGACAUUUAUAAUGUUCUAUCCCUCUCCUAACCCAAUCUAAUACUAUAAACAAUGCACAAUUCAACACUGAUUUGUCUCUAUGGUGUGCUAUGCUAGCUCUUUCUAAUAGAACAUGUCAGUAUGCUAACGGUUAGCUAUCAUGCUAUAGAGAGAGUCUAAAGAGCCCUCGGAGGCUAACUCCUACGUCAAGUACCCGGCAACAAAAAUGCUGCGUUCACGACAUCCGUGGUUUGGAAAGGUUCGCUCGUUAGGAGUUCUAAGCACUGAAAAAAUUGUCCCCUAUACUAAUGGAAAUGCCUAUGGUGCAUACAUGUGCACGUGUGGGACACUUUUAGCAGUGCAAUAUGUAAUUUCUGCCACUAGUGGGCCUCUCACAUUAAAACAAUAACAAAAGAUGAAGUUUGAUGGCAUUGUGAAGUAGCAUGGGAUCAUGGGAGUUGUUGUCUUCACCACCAUUACCGUCAUUGUCGUCAGCUUCUCCCGGUUAGGAUUCCUUCAGUCUGCCGGGAGCUCAAUUAUCCACAGAGGUCUCCUCCUCUCCAAAACAAACUGACCUGCUGAUUAAAAUCACUAAAAACACUGAAUAAAGCAGUUCCACCUUAAAAAUCCCUGUUUCUCCCACGCUGGACAGACAAAGGACGUCCCGGAGGGGCUGCGAGCCGAGCUGCUGCAAACGUUAAAAUCCUUCAUCCGGUUCAAAUCUAGAGUUAAAAAGCACCAAGAUCUAAACAGUGGAUGGUAACAAUGUGGCUUCAGACUGGAUCAACAGUCAAUGUAUGACAGCUUCUGGCAGACAACCACAACGCUGACGCAGGCACAAAGGGGAUAUGACGCCAUCGACAGGCGCAGCGUUACCUGAAUAAAAUGACACUGAUCUCUCUAAGGUUUGAAAAUAUGGUUCACCCUAAGCACCAGAAGCUCACUCACAUCUGUGGUUAUUACGUAUAUAAGGCAGUGGAACAUAUUUCCUUGUGAUACAACAGACACUUGUUACAUGGUUUCUGUGUUUCCCAAGUGUUUGUCUACUUGCAUAAACAGCAGGCUCAUUUCACCACACUGCUCUGGCAUUAAUAUGACUGACUGCCCACGUUAACAAAGCUGCCCGAGAUCAGAAGUUUAAUUUCCUCUCUGCUCUCCCACCCUGCAAACUCUGAUCAUUCAACAUCACAUCACGUCAAAGCUUUGAUUGAAUUGCUAUAAAGAAUUGCUGCCUCCCCUGGCUUUUCAACACCGUUAGAUAGUCGAGGACAUUUAGUUGCACAAUGAAUUUAAAUAACUUCUUUUUCUGAAGGUUUUUACAAGCAGAAAAUGUUAUUUGUUGUGCUGUAUAAAUAUUGUGGUUAUGUCCUUGCUGCACUUUCAGAAAUGGGAACUUUAAAUGGGAUGUAGUUUAGCUUAUUUGCAGGAUGACAAAAUGCAGACGCAAAGACACAAAAUAUAAUUUCCAUGUAUGUGUUUGUGCAGAUGAAAGAAAACUGAAAGCAAAAACAGCAACAAGGAAUUAAGGCCAGAAAUCAAAAAACAUCUGAAACACUUUAGGUUACGGAGCAACAGUACGAUCUAUGAAAUGAAAUAAAAUAUGUCCAUCAUGAAGGCAAUUCAUUGAGUAAUGAAAUAUGUAAUGAAUAUGACAGAGUGGAUAUUUGUCCGGUGUACGUAGAGCACACACGUUCUGGAUGGACUCCGUAUUUACAGAUGAAUAUGAACAGCUUGUGAACGGAAUAUAAAGCGAGGGGUAACUAAUAUUCAGGUCGGUUGCUUAAACUGACCAAUCCAUCACCCCUCCUUUGUUGUGUCUGGGUCUGCAGCAGAAUAUGAAACAGAGGCACAACAGCCAUUUAACCAAACCACUAUCUUUACUCCUGCUGAUGCAUCUUCCUAACAGUUAGGGGUGGCAUACAUGAAUUUUAGGAAUUAAGCUGAUGUUACGUCACUAAUUUUGCUUAUUGCAGUGGAACAGUUGCAUAUGUUGCAGCUUUUCUCUAUUGCUUUUUUUUUUGAGCCAUCUGGAGAUAUUUUUGCCAUGGCAGGAGAAAAAUCCAAUAGUUUGUUCUAGAGCGAGUUCUUUUGACAACUUCGGGCCAUUUCAUGACACAUUUUAAUGGAUAUUUGAGGUCCCUGCAGGGUAAACCUGAAGAUGAAAAGUUCCACUUUUACAUAAAAAAAUUAACAUUACAUUAUUUUAAAUCUAGGUAUACUGAAUGUACAGUACACAGCAUCUGAAGUUACACAAAUUUUUAAAUACCAGUUAAAGUGGGUUGCUAUAGCAAUACACAAAAAUGGCACAGUGUAAGGUAACAGGAAUCGCACAGCCAUAAGCUUUAUAUCUGAGCCAGAGGGGUUUUCAACGACUAGAACUGAAAAUAUCAGAUCUAAACCCUGUCGUCCCUAACAAUAAAACCAAAGGGGAAAAUCUCUUUGUAUUGAACUCUGAUAGACUCAGUAUACCUGACAGGAAUAGACCGGCUUUAUACAGGCUGAAACAAAACACUAAUAUCUAUAAACAGAUACGUGUAUAUGAAUACAGAAUCACCUGAAACCUAUCACCAAUUACUUAUCUUAUCUACAGAGGGAUCAGGUUUAACCAUGUUGAACCCCCAGUGUUUCUACAGUAGCCCUGAAUGGACAAACCAAACACUGGCUCUAUUAAGGGGCUUUUGCGUUUUUUCCACAGGUUUUGCAGCCACCGUAGUUUCUCCUAACUGCUUGGAUGGAGAGAGGUAUUCAAAUGGUUGCCAUCUGCCACGUCACUGCUAGAUGUCACUUAAUCCUACACACCUCUCCUUAAAGGCUUAUAUACAAUAUCAGUGUUACUUAGUAGUAAGGCUGUAUCAGUGAUUGUGGGAGGUUUCUGUUAGUGGGAGGCAGACGUUGGUUAAACCCAGAGCUGUACAAAAGAGCCGCAUAUUUUUGCUGGUUUGGUGUUCCAAAGCUAGUAAGAAGACAUGUACAGUAAUGCUAGACUUUAGAUAGAUACCUUCUGUUUAUUUGUUUUGCUUUUAUCACAAUGUAACUUAUGCAGCUGAUUGCUAAUAAAGGGAGACACCAGUCCUUGUUUUGUAGCAAAGAUACUUCUUGAUACUCUGCUGUGGUGGAUUAAAUACAAAAAAGGCAAUGUUUCUUCUGUCUGCUGAUGAUUUGCCUUAGUGUUCUCUGGUACUCUUCAACUGGCUACUCACUGUAAACUGAAAUAUGUACAGAUUGUUUUUUUUUCUCUUGUUGUUCUUUUGGCUGUGGUCUCUGAAAAUGACAUGCUAAUAUCCUGAAUCCUUGUAUAUGUGUAAUUUGGAUUACAAAUUAAAACGUUUUUGCAUGUU